CCACACCAUGAGGGAAAAGCAACUGCCCAAACCGGUCUUGAUUCUACUUUUUCUGCUCCUUCCCAGUGAUGCUUCAGCUGCUGCAGAACCGCAGUACAUGGUGCUGGUCCCAUCAGAGCUCUACACCGGAGUUCCUGCAAAGGCCUGUGUCUUCCUUAAUCACCUGAAUGAGAGCGUGACACUGAAUGUGACUCUAGAGUAUGGAGCACAGGAGAGUAGGAAUCUCCUCACAGACCUGGUGACUGAGAGAAACUCUUUCUACUGCAGCCCCUUCAUUAGUCCAGAGUCACCAUAUUCCCCAGCGUUCAUUGCUGUUGAGGUGAAGGGUCCAACUCUGCAUUUCAUAAAGAGGAAACCAAUGAAAAUAACCAAAAUAUGGAACCCAGUCUUUGUCCAGACAGACAAACCCAUUUAUAAACCAGAACAAACAGUGAAAUUCCGCAUUGUCUCUAUGGAUGUCAAUUUUCGCCCUGUGGAUGAAAUGAAUCCCAAAAGGAACCGGAUUUUCCAACGGCAAAAUAUCAAAUUGCAGAAAGGGCUCUCCCAGCUCUCGUUCCCACUCUCAAUGGAACCCAUUCAGGGUUCCUACAAGAUUGUGCUGGAGAAGUCGGGAAGAAAAAUAGAGCACUCCUUUGAGGUGAAAGAAUAUG